CCUUUACGGGGCCUCUAUGGGACCUUUUACGGGGCCUCUAUGGGACCUUUACGGGGCCUCUAUGGGACCUUUAUGGGACCUCUAUGUUUUUGAUAUAGUUGUAGAUUGUUUUUGACGUAGUUGUAGGUUGUUUUGGGUGUAGUUGUAGACUGUUUUUUAUGUAGUUGUAGACUGGUUUGGAUGUUGUUGUGUAUGAUUUUGGAUGUAGUUGCAGACUGUUUUGGAUGUAGUUGUAAGUUGUUUUGGAUGUAGUUGUAAGUUGUUUUGGAUGUAGUUGUAAGUUGUUUUGGAUGUAGUUGUAGACUGUUUUUUAUGUAGUUGUAGACUGGUUUGGAUGUUGUUGUAUAUGAUUUUGGAUGUAGUUGCAGACUGUUUUGGAUGUAGUUGCAGACUGUUUUGGAUGUAGUUGUAAGUUGUUUUGGAUGUAGUUGUAGACCGUUUUGGAUGUAGUUGUAGACAGUUUUGGAUGUAGUUGUAGACAGUUUUGGAUGUAGUUGUAGACAGUUUUGGAUGUAGUUGCAGACUGUUUUUGAUGUAGUUUUACACUGUUUUGGAUGUAGUUGUUGACUGUUUUGGAUGUAGUUUUAUACCGUUUUUGGAUGUAAUUGUAGGUUGUUUUGAAUGUAGUUGUGGAUUGUUUUGGAUGUAGUUGUAGACUGUUUUUAAUCUAGUUAUAGACUGUUUUAGAUUUAGUUGUAGACUGUUUUUGAUCUAGUUGUAGACUGUUUUUGACAUAUUUGUAGACUGUUAUUUAUGAAGUUGUAGACUGUUUUUGACAUAUUUGUAGACUGCUGUUUAUGUAGUUGUAGACUGUUUUUGAUCCAGUUGUAAACUGUUUUUGAUGUAGUUGUUGACUGUUUUUGAUGUAGUUGUAGACUGGUUUGGAUGUAGUUGUAGAAUGUUUUGGAUGUAGUUGUAGAUUGUUUAUGAUAUACUUGUAGGCUGUUUUUGGUGUAGUUGUAGACUUUGAUGUAGUUGUAGACUGUUUUAGAUGUAGUUGUGGAUUGUUUUGGAUGUAGUUCUACACUUUUUGAUGUAGUUGUAGACUGUUUUUGAUUUAGGUGUAGAUUGUUUUUGAUGUAGUUUCGUAUCGUUUUGGAUUUAGUUGUAGACUUUUUAAUGUAGUUGUAGACUGUUUUUGAUGUAGUUGUAGACUGUUUUUGAUGUAGUUGUAGACUGUUUUGAUGUAGUUGUAGACUGGUUUGAAUGUAGUUGUGGAUUAUUUUGGAUGUAGUUGCAGACUGUUUUGGAUGCAGUUGUGGAUUGUUUUGGAUGUAGUUGUAGAUUGUUUUUGGAUGUAGUUGUCGAUUGUUUUGGAUGUAGUUGUAGACUGUUUUGGAUGUAGUUAUGUAUUGUUUUGGAUGUAGUUGUGGAUUGUUUUGGAUGUAGUUGUGGAAUGUUUUGGAUGUAGUUGUAGACUGUUUUGUAUGUAUUUGUGGAUUGUUUUGGAUGUAGUUGUAGACUGUUUUUGAUGUAGUUGUAGAUUGUUUUGGAUGUAGUUGUAGACUGUUUUUGAAUAGUUGCACAUUUUUUUAUUGAAGUUGCACAUUUUAUGUAGUUGUCGACUGUUUUGGAUGUAGUUUUAGAUUGUAAAUAUUUUUUGGGAUUUUCUGGAGUGUUCCUGAGGCCAUAUGGUGAUAUCCUUUACACACUGAUGUCGCAAUCUGAUGCAGUACCGCCUCUGCAUUGAUUUCUCCAGAUUCUCUAAACCUUUCGAUGAUAUUAUGGAGCAUCGAUGGUGAAAUCCCUGAAUUCCUUGCAAUAGCUGCUUGAGAAAUGUUGUUCUUAAACAAUUUGCUCCGGCAUUUGUUGACAAAGCGGUGACCCUCGCCCCCUCCUUGUUUGCGGAUUGUCAUGGAAGCUGCUUUUACACCCAAUCAUGGCACCCACCUGUUCCCAAUUACCUGUGGGAUGUUCCCAAUAAGUGUUCGAGCUGGAGGCCAAGGAGGCGUGUGAUUGGCUGAGGGCGGCCGGGUUCCCUCAGUACGCGCAGCUCUACCAAGACUCACGGUUUCCUAUCGAUAUUUCCUCGGUGAAAAAGGACCAUGACUUUUUGGGCCAGGACCUAGUGGAGCCUCUGUCACGGCGUCUCAACACUCUGAACAAGUGCGCCUCCAUGAAAGUGGACGUCGGCCAUCCUAAGAAGAAAGGGGACGACUCAGAUGAAGAUGACUCCAUGGCCAUCAGCAAGCGUUGGACGUUCGAGUGGAACAGCCGGCGCUGGUCCCGCCUUCAGGACUUCCUGUCCGACGGCGGCCUGCACAGCACGGUGAGCAGCGAGAGCGUGCUGAGCGAGCAGGACACCUGCGAGGUCUCUUCGCUCGGCAGCGAGGACUCGGCCUCCGGCGUGUCCACGGCGUCCUUCCGGCCGCGCGGAGACCUGCCGCACUACAACUCCCUGCCCGCCAAGAGCGGGCACCACGGGCAGGGCGGGCGCAGCAAGGCCAAGGAGUUCCUGCGGCGGAUGGACAUGGUGCGCACCUGGGGGCCGUCCACCAUGAGGAGGAGCUCAAAGCGCAGACCGCCGAUGGUCAUCAGUGGGCCGGUGCUGCAGGGGGAGGAGCCUCUGGCCCUGCAGGUGCUCCAGUGUACGCCCAUCAGCCAGCUGGAGCAGAACCUCCCCAAGCCCGGCUCGCCGGAUGACGGCGAGACGUCGCACGCCGACCCUAGCGAGGACUGCGACCGUCUCGCCGUGGCGAGCACCAAUCCCGCAGGCCAGACGCCGGCGUCCACAAGGACGAGCGGCAAGAGGAGCAGCAAGUACCUGGAAGACAUGGAGCUGGCCCCUCAGGGGAAGAGGACAGACGGACAGCGAAACUUCUAUUCCUACCAGAACCUCCUCAUCCACGUCCCCAAAGACCACAAGCCCGGAACCUUCCCCAAAGCCUUGUCCAUCGAGAGCCUGGCGCCGGCCCCCGGUGACAGCGCCGACUCUCGGCCGCGUCAGCCCAACAACAACAAAGCGUACCCGGCCCGCUUCGGUGGGACGCCGUCCAAGCCGCCGUGCCGGGCAAGCGUCUACGACAACGUCCCGGGCUCCCACCUGUACGCCAGCACGGGGGACAUCCUGGACCUGGAGAAGGAGGACAACCUGUUCCCGCACCUGGACGACAUCAUCCAGCACGUCAGCGGCCUGCAGCAGAUCGUGGACCACUGGAGCCGCGGCGUGCUGCCGGAGGGCGAGGACGGGGACGGGGACGGGAGGACCACCCCCAGCGAGGGCGACCAGGACGGCGUCUCUUUGAACGACACCGACUCCACGGGGACCGGUCGAGAGAGGAGGGACUCCGGGGUCGGGGCGUCCCUGACCAGACCGCGGGUGCGCUGGCCCAGUUUCAGGACGUCCGACCAUCUGAAGCAUCCGAGGUCUUCCCUGCUCAUCAGCAGCCAAUCAGCAUCUCAGCUCAGCUUGUUGCAGAAGUUUUCUCUGCUGCGUCUGACCGCCAUCAUGGAGAAGUAUUCCUUGUCCAACAAGCACGGCUGGACCUGGUCGGUUCCUAAGUUCAUGAGGCGCAUCAGGGCGCCCGACUACAAAGACAAGAGUGUGUUCGGCGUGCCCCUCCUGGUCCACGUGCAGCGCUGUGGUUUCCCCCUGCCUCUGUGUCUCCAGCGGGCCCUCAGCCACCUGCGGAGCCACAGUCUGGACCAGGUGGGACUCUUCCGCAAGUCGGGCGUCAAGUCCCGCAUCCUGGCCCUGAGGGAGCAGUGCGAGGCCACGCCCGACUCGGUGGACUUCCAGGAGCAGUCGGCCUACGACGUGGCCGACAUGGUGAAGCAGUUCUUCCGGGACCUUCCGGAACCUCUGCUGAGCAACAAGCUGGGAGAAACCUUCCUGCACAUCUACCAGUAUGUUCCCAAAGAGCAGCAGCUGCAGGCGGCGAGGGCGGCCAUCUUGCUGAUGCCGGACGAGAACCGGCAGGCGCUGCAGACGCUGCUGCACUUCCUGCGUGACGUGACGGCCAUGGUGGAGGAGAACCAGAUGACGGCGUCCAACCUGGCCGUCUGCCUGGCGCCCUCGCUCUUCCACCUCAGCCUCACCAGGAGCGAGCUGCUGUCGCCCAGGUCCAUCCAGAGGAAAUACACCACGGGCAGACCGGACCAGAAGGACCUGAACGAGAACACGGCGGCGACUAAAGGACUGACUCACCUCAUCACUGAGUGUCAGCGCCUCUUUCAGAUCCCGGAGGAGAUGGUCACCCAGUCCCGCAACUCCUACAUGGAGGCGGACCUCCAGGCGCCCCCGCUGGACCAGCUGGGGAAGCUCCGCCCUGAGGAAAUGGAUGAUGGGGAGGAGGCGGAGGUGUCUGAGGCGGAGGAGGAGGAGGAGGAGGAGUUUGGGGGGGAGUCCUAUCACGCUCACGUGGAGAGGCUGGUCCAGAACCUGCUGAAAGAGGCCAAGGACAAGAGCAAAGGUUGGGUGUCUCGGCCCGCCUUGGAGAACACGGAACUGGCCUCCAAAAAGGUGGGCGACGGUAACCCUCUGAGGUGCUGGAAGGUCAGCACGGAGGUGCCGGCGCCGCCCACCGAGGUUCUGCAGCGGCUGCUGAGCGAGCGCCGACGCUGGCACCCGGAGCUGGAGCAGGAGGAGGUCCAGGAGACCCUGGACUCGCAGACGGACGUGUACCGGUACCGCUGCCGCAACAUGGAGCCCCAGCCCGCCACGGACUACGUGGUGCUCAGGUCGUGGCGUGCCGAGACGGUGAGAGGCUGGAGCGCGCUGGUGUGCAUGUCGGUGGAACGUGAUGAUGACGACGGUGGUGGUGGUGGUGGUGGUGGCGGCGGCCGGCGUGCGGUGGAUGGGGCGGCGGUGAGGGGUGUGGUCCUGGAGUCCCACUACCUCCUGGAGCCUUGUGGCACGCCUGCCAGGACCAAGCUCACACACGUCUCCAGGGUGGACCUCAGGGGGCGCUCUCCAGAAUGGUACAACAAGGCGUACGGCUACUUGUGCGCCAACCAAGUCCUCAGAGUCCGAGCCUCCUUCCUCCCAGCGGACCACGGCCCGGACCCCCAGUCCUGAAGCCCCCCUAUCUCAAAGUCCAGUCCUGAAGCCCCCCUAUCUCAGAGUCCAGUCCUGAAGCCCCCCUAUCUCAAAGACCGCGGCAGCAAGAUGGCGCUUUUUUUGUUAGUUGUUGUUUUUUUUUUUGCUUCCAUACGGUCCUUGGUGACAUCAUCCCGAGGUCACAUGACCCGCCAGCGGACUAUGACCUCAUGUCGGAGUGUGUGUGUGUGUGCGUACAAUGUCUGAGACAUGUGACCAUUGCGCUGCUUCCGGGAAGCAAGGUGUGUGUGUGUGUGUGUGUGUGUGUGUGUGUGUGUGUGUGUGGCGACGUCAGGCCUUAGCUGUCAUAUUGAUGACUCUUCCUGCGUCUGGAGGCUUGCGUUGCCAUGGUGACGGCGACGCCCUAGCACGACAUUGACCGAGACUUUGCAAAAGUGUCACAACACAGAAUUGUUGUUUUUAAAUAAAAUAUAUGCAAAAAUUGA